AAAAAUUAUAAUGAUGAUGUCACUUUUAGGUUUGUCAAUUUUUAGUAUUGUGAUGAACAUAAGUAUGUCGAUAAUAAUAACAACUCCAUGUGGAUCUGUAGCUUUAGCAGAUUGUAAUUCAUCAGGAUAUUGUACUCUAAGUUCUGAUCUAUUAAGUUGCUAAAGUCUUCCUUGUUAUAAAAUAAAUGAAAUAGGAGCAUGUAGAGAAUCACCAGCUGUAUUAUAUGAUGCAACAUCAUGUUUUGGAUUAAGCUCAUUAGAUUUACGUUAUGAUAAUGUUUGUGGUCCUGGAGGAUAAUUAGAUUAUGCUUAUGUUAGAUUGCCAAUAUAGAAAAGUGGAUCAGCAAUAUAUUCAACGACAGGAAUGACAGUAACAUAAAUAUAAGCAGAAACAGUAGCAGCUACAAGAAAUAAUUUAUUAACAUAAUUAUUUAGUCUAAACAUAUAGAUUGCAAGCAAUACAGAAUUGAAUGCAAUUUUAGGUCUUUAUUUAGCUUACAAAGAUGAUAUGACAGGUGUAACUGGAUUUGGAAUGUCACAUCCAUAUUAUUUAGAGAAGGCAAUAUUUUCAGCACUUCAAAAUUUUAGAGUAUAAAUCUAUAUAAUUUAUUAAAGGAUGAUACUGACACAGGAAAGGAUCAAUUAAUUACAUUGACAAACAUUUGGAGUUUAAGUGAUACCCUACUUUUGAGAUUGAGAACAUUUCGUAAAUUUUAUUCGACUAGUUAUUUUUUUGUGAAUUUUGCUCAUACUUAAUUCAGUAGAACAUAUUUAUCAGUGAAAGGAUAGUACACUGUAUUUUCAUUGAAAUGGAAAUAAUACACUAGUAAUGGAUAUGUUUAAUUAAUAACAUUUACUCCAAAGUAAUUUACAGGUUUUGGAGGAGCGUAAAGUGAUGCAAUAAUGUUCAAUAUAAUUGCAACAGAUGGAACUGCUUAUACUCUUGAAUACACAUUAACUUAUUUGAUAACAGAUAAUAGUGCAAUUUAAUGUGCUGUUGAAACUACUUCAGUUUUACGAAUAAUUGAUAGAAAUACUCUAGCUGAAUCAACACCUGUGGAUAUACAUACUUAUUGUACUUUAAGUGGUACUACAAGAAGAUGUGAUAUUCCUAGUACUGUCAUUGAUGCUCAGAUUCCUGCUGGAAAGGCAUUCUAUAUAGCAUGUUCAUGA